CCCCCCAAUCAUGUGAUUCAGGUGUUCCAAUCCCCUCCAUAUCAUGUGAUUCAGGUGUUCCAAUCCCCUCCCAAUCAUAUUCAGUGCUCCAAUCCCCUCACAAUAUCAUGUGAUUCAGGUGUUCCAAUCCCCUCCAUUAUAUGUGAUUCAGGUGUUCCAAUCCCCUCCAUACAUGUGUGAUUCAGUGUUUCAGUAUCCAAUCCCCUCCCAAUCAUGUGAUUCAGGUGCCAAUCCCCUCCAAAUAUGAAACAUGUGCGAUCCAAUCCUCUCCAUAUCAUGUAUUCAGGUGUUCCAAUAUCCCCUCCCAAUCAUGUGAUUCAGGUGUUCCAAUCCCCUCCCAAUCAUGUGAUUCAGUUGUUCCAAUCCCCUCCAUAUCAUGUGAUUCAGGUGUUACAAUCCCCUCCAUAUCAUCUAAUUCAGGUGUUACAAUCCCCU